CAGUCCUUUGGAAACAUUCCCCUACAACCAUUAGGAUACCUGCAAGGGUGAAAACCCACAGGACGAUGGUGGCUCGAUUUCUUUUUAAAUAUUUAGUUGCUCCUGAACGCUAGUCAAGAGAACAUUACGUAGUUAUUAUCACACGAAUUACAAGACUAUAUUUGUAUUCUAACUUGACAACGUUUGAACAAGAAUAUUUUUAUUAUAAUAAAAUAAAUAUCUAUUGAAAAUGGGUCGAAGGAAAGCUAAACGAGAAACGCCACAAAGAAACAAAACGAUCGUACCUAUGGAUAUACAAUUCACGUGUCCAUUUUGUAAUCAUGAGAAGUCGUGUGAAGUUAAAAUGGACAAACGUCGAAACACAGCAAGAAUUUCAUGUCGAAUUUGUUUAGAAGAUUUCCAAACCAAUAUUAACAUGUUAUCAGAACCAAUUGAUGUGUACAACGAUUGGAUCGACUCCUGUGAUGCUAUUAAUUAACACCUAUCGCACAACAUAGAAAAGUUUGAUGUUCCUUUUU